AUGUUCAGAGCACCAGAAAUAAUCCUUGGUCUCCCGUUCCGCGAAGCUAUCGAUAUGUGGUCGUUGGGAUGUGUGAUAGCAGAGCUUUUUCUUGGAUGGCCCUUGUAUCCUGGAAGCAGCGAAUAUGAUCAGAUCAGGUUAUCCCAAUUGCUCCUUUGCAUGGCUUCGCGAGCUCGGGCAUUUAAUAUAUGGGAAGCGCUAGCACCUAUCUGUGUGCAUUUCUGUCACAUCAUUCCAUAUUACCAAGAGGAAGUGCCAAUAGAGGCAAGUGCGCGAAUCUCACUCGGUGGUGAGGUGAAUCUUGGUGGAUCUCAAAGUAAGAUCUGCAGCACACGUAAGCCCAACGGACCUUCGGGCGAGAUAUGUACCGGAAUAGACGGUACCGAAGACCCAACUCCCUAA